CAAUAUCAAUUCCGAAAUAUCGUUCCGGAAAAUAAUUCACCGGCUAUCAAGCGUCAAGGGAGCGUUGAAAAUCUCUCCAGUGAGAAGUACGUUUUUAGUGGAAAAAUGACCGAAGUAGCAUUCAAGAACACGAAUUCCAUAGAGCUUACUAUCCACGAAGCGGAACUCUAUGACAGACAGAUCCGUCUGUGGGGCUUGGAGUCUCAAAAGAGAAUUCGGGCUGCUCGUAUUUUGAUUUGUGGCCUCAAUGGACUGGGAGCUGAAAUCUCUAAAAAUGUCAUUUUGGCUGGAGUGAAAUCUGUGACUUUCCUGGAUCACAAUGUCGUGUCUGAGGCGGACAGAUGUUCUCAAUUCCUGGUGCCCGUUACUACUCUAGGGCAAAAUCGAGCUGAAGCCUCUCUAGCUCGAGCUCAAGCUCUUAAUCCGAUGGUAGAGCUAAAGGCUGAUCAAGAUAUAUUGAGUGCAAAACCGGACAACUUCUUCACAAGCUUCGACGUUGUAAUCGUGAUUGGAGCGCCUCGCCGAGAGAUGAUCCGCAUUAACAAUGCUUGUCGCAUGAAGGGGGUGAAGUUCUUCGCAACAGACGUGUGGGGUUUGUUUGGCUACUGUUUUGCUGACCUGCAGGAGCAUAAUUUCAUCGAGGAUGUGUUCAAGCACAAGAUUAUUUCGAAAGAGAACGAUAAAGUGAAGACGGAGCUUGUGGCUGUACCUACGAAGAAGACUCUCCUUUUCCCACCUCUUCAGGAUGUAUUUGAGUUCGACUGUUGCAAGUAUGAUUACAUCAAGGCAGUGAAACGCAAGGGAUUUGCCCUGGUGAUGUUUCUGAUUUUGCACCGCUUUCGCGAGGAACAAAAUCGUGAUCCAUGUUUUAAAGAAACAUCUGAAGAUCACGCAAUUCUGCUGCAAUAUCGCGAUGAAGUAGUCCCUGGAAUAAUUCCUGACUCUGCUUUCACUCAUCUCUAUGCUCAAAUCUCGCCAGCAGCAGCAAUUGUAGGUGGUGUGGUGGGUCAAGAGGUGAUUAAAAGUAUCUCCCAAAAAGAAGCUCCGCACCACAACCUCUUCUUCUUCGAUCCGGAAAGGGGCGAUGGCUAUAUCGAAACAAUUGGGAUUUAAGCUUUUCCUU